AUGGCCAACAAAAAGCGGGUUAGGUUACCCACUAGAAAAGUUAUUUUAGAAAGACAAGCUGUACGGGAAGAGUUGCUCCACAAUCUUUUAGAAGGUGGUCAAUGUCGUGACCUUAUUCAUAUGAGUGAAAACGCUUUUAGGAGAUUGUGUGAAAUCUUACAAACUGUAGGUGGUCUACAACGUACGCAACGCAUGUCCGUUGAGGAACAUGUUGCUAGAUUUUUGCAUAUUGUAAGUAAUGAUUUGCGAACUCGGUUUACCUCGUGGAUGUAUCGUCGCUCUAGAUCAACAACGAGUAGGUGCUUCCAUAGAGUAUUACGAUCGAUUAAAGCGAUAAAAGGUCUUUAUAUUCAGCAACCUACAGGUGAUGUUGUCCCGAGAGAAAUUCAAGAAAGUACGAGAUUUUAUCCUUUUUUCAAGGAUUGUAUAGGGGCAAUAGAUGGAACACAUGUUCGUGUCCAUGUGCCUAAUAGAGAUGCCCCUAGAUACCGUGGUCGUAAGGGAUACCCGACAAUAAAUGUAUUAGCUGCUUGUACAUUUGAUUUGAAGUUUACGUAUGUGUUAACGGGUUGGGAGGGUACUGCAUCAGACUCGAGAAUAAUAAAGAACGCAUUUACUAGAAAUGAUAAACUGCUAAUUCCAUCAGGUAAUUUAUUAAACCAAUGUAAUUUCAAUAUCUAAUAUUUUUCAAUAAUAUUGAUUAAGCUCUUUAUAGGUAAAUACUGUUUAGUAGAUGGGGGUUUGCCUCAUACGAAUAAACUAA